UGUGCGUCGGAACUCGGAAGUUCACUGCAAAAUAGAAAUAGAUCACGAAUCACGAUUCAUGAACUUAUUAUUUGUCUUAUCUAUGUAUUCGUAUUGCAGUAUUGCUUCUCAAUUCACAAAGAAAACUUCACCGCAAUUUCGAUAAUAGCGUAUAAUAUUUGUUUUUUUUUGUAAAUCUAAUUCAAUUUUUUGCCAAGGACAUGGAAGACGAAUUAGAAGACAGGGUUUUACACCAAACAUACGUUUCGUUUAUGAAAAUCUUUUCGCGAUUUACAAGUAGUGUUGCGUUUGACACUCCAGUGAGCUAUUUAUGGAAAAUGGUGCGACUUUAUUUACUGCGAUCAGAAGUGCUAGUGUUCACCUUAGGGAUAAUUAUAUUCUUUAUGUAUCUUCAAACAAUUGGAUUAUGGAGUCGAACCCUAUUAAGCAGAUUGUCACAGGCUAUGAGUCCUAUCAGUGCUGUUCAGCGUAUGAAGUUAAUGGAAGGCUCUGACGCCGAUAAACAAAGCUGGGAACUGAAGGGUUCCUCAAGUGCAGCUUAUGCAAUCAAAGGCCGGAGAAUGCAUAUGGAAGAUAAAUUUAUUAUUAACGAAAACAUAAAUAAUACCGGCAUUUCAUUGUUUGCUAUUUUUGACGGACACGGUGGGGAAUUCGCUGCGAAUUACGCUAAAGAUCAUCUUAUACAAAAUCUUUAUAACAAAGUUGUAGAAUUAAGUGCUUUCAAAGAAGGCAAAACAGUCAUCACUCCUCAAAGGGAUAGUCCCGAAGAACCAAAGAAAGAAGAAACUGUUAGUGUAGAAAGAAAAACAAGUUUUAAAAAAUCUGCAAGUACUGCUGAUGAUACAUCUAUAAAAGAGAUUACAGACCCUGACCUGCUGGCACAACUCUCUAAGGCGAGACCAAUAAUCACAAGAGAAGUUAGACCAGUUAAACCCAUUAAAAACAUUGCUGUUCCUCUAUCAAGUUAUAUGGAUAAGGGAAAGAUAAACUAUGGUAAAUUAUUGACAGAUGAGGUCCUUGCUGCUGAUAGGCUUCUAGUAGAAGCUGCAAAGCGAUCUAUGAAUGUUGCUGGAACUACAGCUUUAAUUGCUGUUCUAGAAGACAACUAUCUCAUUGUAGCUAAUGUUGGUGAUUCAAGAGGAGUUAUGUGUGAUAGUCGUGGUAAUGCCAUUCCUGUAUCAUUUGACCAUAAGCCACAACAGGUGCGUGAACAGAAACGGAUUGAAGCCGCAGGAGGUUACAUUGCCUUUAAUGGAGUAUGGAGAGUUGCAGGCAUUUUAGCAACGUCUCGAGCUAUGGGUGAUUAUCCUUUAAAAGAUAAAAAAUUUGUCAUUGCCGAUCCUGAUAUACUUACAUUUAACCUUGAUGACCACAAACCAAUGUUCUUAGUAUUAGCAUCUGAUGGCUUAUGGGAUACUUUUACAAAUGAAGAAGCAGUAAAGUUUAUAAAAGAAAGAUUAGAUGAACCAGACUUUGGAGCCAAGAGUUUAACACUGCAAGCUUAUUAUAGAGGAUCUGUUGACAAUAUUACAGUUUUAGUGAUUAAUUUUCUAAGUAGUCAACUCUCGAUGCAGUAACUGUUUUAAUUCAUUAAGAAUUUUCUUUUUGUGUAGCUGGUCCACAAAGAAAAUAUUUUAUGACAAUGUACAAUACAAAAACAAUAUACUGUGGUAUUAUUGGACUUUGAGCAAAGCAUGUAUUAUGAAAGAAACCUUUUUGGUUUGUAUUUAAUUGAAUGUUAAUUAUCAAGUGAGGAAAUAAAGUCCAAUUGAAAAGACAACCUUUUUACAGAUAAUA